AGGUAUGGCGGAAACAGAGCCAGGGGGAGGGUUUACCUGCAUGGAGUGAGUUUACACAGCAGUAGACGCAACACUGCACCUGUUCCUCUUCCCAGACUCUCUCUUUCACCUCAACUCCAGGCAGCCAAACAAGAGGGAGCAGAAGAGGGUCAACAUGGAUCCCAGCCAGGCCAGCGGGCAUGACAGGGAGAAUGAAAAAGGGGAGAAAAGGGACAAGGACAAAACCAUUAAAAGGAGAAAUAGACUUUUCAUAAGAUACCUGGAAAGGAGGAAGACAGACACUAUUGUGGAUGAUGACUCUUCCAAAGGUGACAUCAGCAUCGCAACAUUGGUGAGAAGGAGCCAAUCUGACAAGACAGAAUACAGUUCUAAACUUAAAGAGAAAAUGUCACCCCAUGGUCGCUCCUCACUUGCAUCUCCAGCCAUGGAUCCAGAAGAGAUCCGUCACAGGAAGAUGAUAAAAAGGUCAAAGGUCAUUGAGGAGCUGGUCAGGACGGAGGGAGAUUAUCAACGGGACUUGGAGCUUUGCAUAAAUGAAGUUCUGCUUCCUCUGAGAGAAGCACAGGUUGUGGAUGUGGAUCGAAUUUUCACCAACAUUGAGUCUGUGUGUGAUGUCUCUAGUGAUCUGCUCCUAAGGCUCCAAGAUGCCAUAGCUGACCCUGACCCUGAAACACAGCUUAUAGGAGAAGUGUUUAUCCAAACCAAAGCUGUCAUGGAGGAAGUAUAUAAAAUUUACUGCUAUCAUCACGAUGAAGCUAAUGCCUCGCUCAAGUCUUAUGAAGCACAGGAGGAUAUUCAGCAGCAGUUCAGAAGAUGCAUAGCAGCACUCAAGAAAAUAUAUGACCUUGAAGGGAAGCCCAAUUUGCUUGACAUGGGUUCUCUACUCAUUAAACCAGUGCAGCGUGUCAUGAAAUACCCACUUCUACUGGCUGAACUGUGGAAUGCAACACCCACAGAUCACCCUGACCACAGGCCUUUACAGGAAGCUCUUACAACUGUGAAGAUCAUUAACAUCAACAUUAAUGAAUUUAAGAGGAGGAAAGACAUAGUGCUGAAGUAUAAGAGGAGUGAUGACGAAACCUCACUGAUGGGUAAAUUAAACAAGUUCAACAUUCAUUCCAUCAGAAAGAAAUCUGACCGCCUGACCAGCUAUUUUAAAAUUCUCACUGGUGUCGAGCCACAGGUGAGAGAUGAAACUUUUGACAAGGAGGAAAAACUUUUCCGUAACCUUGAGAAAGCUGUGAGACAACUAGUAAAAAACAUCAGCUGUUAUUUGCUCUAUACUCAGGAAAUGAUAUCAGUUGCUGUUCAAAAUGCACAGGACCUUGAAGCUAUAAUGAAGGAUCCGGAUAAAAUAGACACAAAUGGCUUUCAUCAAAAGAAGAAUGGCAAUGACCCAUACAAACACUUUAAAGAUCACAUGGAGCAUCUGGUUGUGGCUCCUCUGUCCAGCCUGCUGGGAAUGUUUGCGUCACCACAAAAGCUAAUACAGAAGCGUUAUGAUAAACUCUUGGACUACUGCAGUCAGUUGGAUUCCCGAUCUUCAAAAGAAGAGCAGGGUCAGGCUAAAAGAGAUUACCAGGCCCUCAAUGCUCAGCUGCUGGAGGAGCUGCAAUGCUUCAACCAAGCCGCCAGGACCAUCCUCACCAACUGCUUGAUUUGUAUAGUGAAGUUAAUACGAAAGCUGAUGGAUGCAGCUCAACCACCUGUCCAACAGCUACCGGUUCCCUUGUCAAACUUCAAUGAAGUCCAAAGUUCUAUCAUGGAAGAGCUGAGCAACCUUGGAUUCUUCAAAGAAAAUUCCCAAAAGCUGAUGGAGCGCAAAGUGAGCUUUGAGAAACGAGAAAAGAAAAUGGCUCCAGAGAUCCUCAGACAAACCGAAGAACAGAGGGCUCGGCUCCUGGAAGAGUAUCCUGUGAAUCAACUCUACCAACUCAAGCGCAACUGCAAUGCCUGUCAGGAAAAAGACAUCAGCCUGCUAGAGGGAGAGCUGGUGGCUCUGCUGGAGGACAGAGACCCGAUGGGCAGCAACAGCCGCUGGCUAGUGCACACUGGGGGUGUGCAGGGAUAUGUGUAUUCCUCAUUCCUGAAGGUUUAUAACCCCCAACGGGAGGUGACGGAGAGGCCGGAUGACUUUGACAAUCUGAGUCUGUUUGUGUCGGCCAGCAGAAGCAACAGCAUGAGGAGCUUUAGCACUUCAGACAGUGUGUCUCCUCAGUCUGGACCACAGGACGAGCUGGACACCUCAGAUGACCAACAUUUCUAUGCCGUUUAUGCAUUCAAGGCUCGCUGUGAACAAGAGCUCACACUUCAGGAGUACCAGCACGUUCGUAUCCUUCAGUUUUCAGAUCUCGGCGGAAACAAAGACUGGUGGCUCGCUGAAUCUAAUGGACAAAAAGGCUAUGUUCCAGCAAACUACCUUGGAAAGAUGUCAUACGCCUAAAGCUAUUUUUUACAUGCAAUAUUUAAAAGUGAUUCAUGUUCAUAAAAAAAUAUGAAGUUAAUUGCUUAAUGAAGGCCAAUCACGCACAACCCUUUUGCACUACAAAUGAUGCUACCAACAGUGUUUGCUUAAAUUUUAUACAAUGAUCAACUUGUUAAUCAGAAAAAAACUAUUUUAUGUAAAUAUAAUAAUACUAAUAUAU